ACGCGGACAGACGUAACUACCACGUGACUUCACACACUUGAUUUUUAAAGCACGUGACCUUGUUACUUGGUACAGUACACGCACUCUGUUUUCCUUCAAUUUCAGAUGGAUGACAUGAGCCUAGAUCAAGCUGGAGAGUUUCAAAAACAACUUCCUUCUUCUUCUCCACCUCCAGACAGCUCUCCACCUCCAGACAGCGGCAACGAGUCUCAUACUUUAUCAGAUGGAGAGACAAAAGGAGAAUCAACAAGAUUGUUAAAUGCUGGCAGCAACAAGAUCAGUGGAAAAGCUUGGGGACGAGUCGGACAAAUUUGCCGACUUCCAUUGAGCAUCCCAUUUAUCAUUGGAAAUGAGUUUUGUGAGCGUUUUAACUACUAUGGAUUGAGAGCUGUCAUGGUUCUUUAUCUCACACGAUAUCUUGAUUUCAGCGAAAACAGUGGUACAGCUUUGUUUCAUGCCUUUUCAAUGCUGGCAUAUUUUACACCAGUUUUUGGAGCAAUUAUUGCAGACAGCUUCUGGGGGAAAUUCAAAACGAUCCUUGUCCUUUCCAUCGUUUACGCAAGUGGUGGAGCAUUUGUUUCUUUGACAGCAAUGCCAAUUGAUGACCCAGAUGCAAAAAAAUGGGUUCCAUUUAUUGGAUUUUUGCUAGUUGCCAUUGGAACUGGUGGAAUCAAGCCGUGUGUUGCCGCAUUUGGAGGAGAUCAGUUUGACCUCAAUGAUCCAGACCAACUAAAAAUGAGGGAAAAAUUUUUCUCUAUGUUUUAUUUCUCUAUUAACGCAGGGAGUUUGAUAUCAAUAAUUCUUACUCCGAUUCUCAGAGGUGACGUCAAGUGUUUUGAUGGUGAUUGCUAUCCUUUAGCAUUUGGUGUGCCAGCAAUUCUCAUGGUUAUAGCAACACUCAUUUUUGUUGCUGGAAGUCCACUCUACAAACACGUUCCAUUGAAGCACAACGUUGUGCUGCAGAUAUUUCGCUGCAUUGUGCGAGCUAAGAAAAACAAACCAACUGAACCAAAAAAGCGCUUUUUGGAUCGUGCCAUAUCUGAUGAGUUUUCAGCACAGUUUGUUGAUGAUAUCUACAAAGCUGGGCGUGUCCUAAUCAUGUUUCUGCCUUUGCCUGUUUUUUGGGCUUUGUUUGAUCAACAGUCUUCUCGUUGGACCCUUCAGGCAACAAGAAUGGAUGGAGACAUAGGCAUAGCUACACUCAAACCUGAUCAAAUGUCUGCUGUCAAUCCUAUUCUUAUAAUUGUUCUCAUUCCUGUUUUUGAAACGUUUAUUUAUCCUUUGUUGCGGUUCUGCAAGAUUCCUUUACGGCCUUUGCAGAGAAUGUGUGCAGGAAUGAUCUUAGCAGGAGUAGCGUUUGUGUUGGCAGCCAUAGUCCAACUCAAGAUUGAUGAUGCAUUGUACAAAGGCCCUGCAAUGGACACAUCUCAGCUUCGUGUAAUUAAUGCAUUCCCAGGAAACGUUUCAUUUGAGCUUGGAAAUGUGAGUGAUCCCACAGCAAUCAAUGGAAGUAUGAUCAACUAUGGUGAGAGGUCACCACUGAUGGAGUUGGAUCCUGGACAGUAUUCACUUCAUGUGAAUGCUUUCCAUAAUGGAGGGCAACUAGUAGAGUCAGUGUCAAUGAACUUAACAGGAGGCCACGUGCAGAGUGCAAUUGUUGCUAUUGAUGGUGAAGCCUUGGUAGUGAGGACAGUGCUGACUAAUGUUACUAUACCAAAUGGAGAAAAAGCAGGCAUUGCUGUGAUGAACUGUGCUCCAAAUGUUGUUCCUCUCCUUACUGUCAACUUUACUAAAGGCGACACGAAUGUCAGUCUUGGUACAUACAAUGAUACAGGUGUGGGAAUGGGACUUGAGAUGUUUACUCUUACAAACACAGAAGAACUUGAACCAGGAAGUUGGUUAGGACAGAUAUUUAAUGGAGAGACGUGUGCAUAUGGUGACUGUGAAGAGCAAAUUGUGAAUGGUAGUUUUGAGUUUAAAAAUGGUGCCAUGUACACAAUUAUUAUGGGAACGCCUAUAGAAGGAAGCACAUCACAGUCUCACUUGACGUUUUACAACGAUAUUCCUCCGGCAAGUGUUUCUAUUUUGUGGCAAAUUCCACAAUACUUUGUAAUCACAUUUGGUGAGAUUUUGUUCUCCAUCACCGGCCUUGAGUUUGCAUACUCUCAAGCUCCGAAGAGUAUGAAGUCACUGAUGCAAGCAGCUUGGCUAAUGACGGUUGCAGCUGGCAACUUAAUUGUUCUGAUUGUUGCUGAGGCUCACAUAUUUGGCGAACAGUAUAUUGAGUUUAUCUUCUUUGCCGUCCUUAUCGAAGUCAUGGCAGUCAUCUUCAUGUUCAUGUCUAUUUGGUACAAAUAUGUUCCAACCAAAGAUAGUGACUCUGAAGAAAGUUCACCUAAGCAUGGUGAAGUGGAGGUAGACGUAACAGAUGAAGUGUCACCAAAGAGAAUUGACAAGAAGAGGCUAAUAGGCAACAGUGAAGAUGAAACAAGUGCUCUGUAGUCAAUCAUGACAAUGGACACACCCAUAUGAGUGUAAUGUUACUAAUUAACAACACUUAGCCUUUUAUGUCUGCAUUUUGUACUGCUUAAUGUUUUAUAUAAGG